CGACAGUUGAAGUCGGAAGUGGACCAGAAUGCCGGCGUACAUAAGAACAGCAGCGUGGACAUUCAGAGCGAGAUUUGCCGCUAGUCUGACAGUUUUGUUCCCGUUUGGACCCAGAGCAACGGCUUUUCCAGGGGGGCGAACACUUCACUUGAAAGUUGAUGCACGUCGGUACUCCGCACGUUGCCCGGGAACUGCAAGAGCGACAGUAACGGGCUUAACGCCUCUUCUAACAGGGUUGAAUCACUUGGGUGCCUCCGCACUUAGUUUCUGCAAGAGGAUGACAACUUCAUCAGCCAAUGUGUCGGACAGUAUGUCCCAGAGAUUGGUGUGGGUGGACCUGGAGAUGACUGGACUUGACAUAGAGAGGGACCAGAUUAUUGAAAUGGCCUGCAUCAUAACAGAUUCAAACCUGAACAUUUUGGCAGAGGGUCCUAAUUUAAUAAUAAAACAGCCAGAUGAACUUUUGGAUGGAAUGUCCGACUGGUGCAAGGAACAUCAUGGAAAGUCGGGGCUGACGCAGGCGGUGCGGGACAGCACCAUCUCCCUGCAGCAGGCCGAGUACGAGUUCCUGGCCUUCGUCCGGGACCACACCCCUCCCGGACACUGUCCCCUGGCAGGAAACUCAGUGCACGCUGAUAAGAAGUUCCUGGACAAGUACAUGCCCCAGUUCAUGCACCACCUCCACUACCGGAUCGUCGACGUGAGCACCAUCAAGGAGCUGUGCAGGCGCUGGUUUCCCGAGGAAUACAAACUUGCUCCGCAGAAGAAAGCAUCACACAGAGCACUGGAUGACAUUUGCGAGAGCAUUAAGGAGCUGAGGUUUUACAGGGCGAGCGUCUUCAAGGCGGGCACGGAGGAGAAGAAGCGGAAAAUCGUGGAGAACGGGGACUGCGGGAAGAGCCCGUGCUGAGCGGUGGGGGGGUGGUGGGGGGGGGGGGGGGCGAAGUUCGGGAGCCGAGGCAGAAGUGGAGCUUACCUGCACGCGGUCGUCGGCCGCAGACGUUCUCUGGGACCCUACGUUGUUUUAGAAUCCCCCUGCCCGUGUCUGUGGUUCGCUGUGGAGUCAGAGCGUCCUUGUUUUCAGGUCGCCUGGUUCGUUUCUGUUGAGUUUUUUUUUCGUUUAAAUGGAGAAUAAACUGUUAGCGCUGUGGCUGAAUUUUGGCGGUCCUCCUUGAGGCUGAAUGUUUCUUUGGAGUACCUGUGCUCUGUGUCUCAAUUUUUGUUUUCCCUUACUGUAAAACAAAAAUAAUAAUCUGUUGUCAAAUUA